CACGUGUUUCAAUAUGGCGGUCGUGGUAGCGAGAUUUCUCAGUUUCAUUUCAUUUUGAGGGUUUAAAAGACUUAGGGAACUAGGAUGACAAGAAAAAAAGAGAAGAAGGAAGGCAAAGUAACAUCUGCGCUUGAUGAGCAAACUCUUGGUUACUUCAAAAGAGUGGAUGAUGUGAUCAAAGAUGACGAUUUUGACGACGAGGAGGGUCGAAAACUGUUCAUUGAAAACGUCUUUACGCAAAUAGAGAACAACGAAAUCAAACUCUUCUGCGAUCAAGUGAUAAGUAGAACUUUAGAGAAACUUAUCAUUUAUUUCAGCGAUACCCAAAUCCGUAAGGUCCUGCAAAACGUGGAGGAUCAUUUCUGCAAACUUGCGAUGGAUAAAUUCGGCAGCCAUGUCUUACAAACUCUGAUUUGUGUCAUACCGAAAACGAUAAGGUCGGAACGCAGUAAAGUAAGGGAAGUUGCACAAGAAUUUAAAGACUUGAAAGGUGCAGAACAGUUGUUUUUGGAUCUCUGUAACUCCUUCAAAGAAAAUCUUUCCGAACUUGUUAACCAUAUUUAUGGAAGCCAUGUUGUUCGAGCAGCUAUUGAAGUGCUAGGUGGAGUAAAAGUUUCAGACAAUGUUGUUCGUAGCCGAGCGUCUCGACAAAGUAGGGAAAGAGAUAGUCAUUCAGAUGAGAAAAAGCCAUUUAUCAAGCUAAAUCAAGGUAAUGCGAAGAAAAUUGUUUAUAAUGUCCUGCAGUACCAGCCUAUGAACAGGCUGUCUGGCUAGCGGAUGAUAAAGGGAGAAGGGGAGAAACCACAAGGAUAGAAGGAGAGAGCAUAUAUGGUUUACAGUUACUUCGUUCCAUGGUCAGAUCGUUCCAAGCCAGAUUGUUCCAUUUUAUAGUCAGAUCUUUCCACGGUUUCAGUGUAAAACUGUAUGGGAAGCGCCUUUUUUGCCUUCUUGGCUUAAAGAACAAGGUAUACAUGUGAUUAAUUCCCUUGUUUCUGCUCGUGGCCUAAAGACUCAUGAAAAUUUCUGACAACAUUGUGGAAAGAACUGCCUAAAGUGGGACUAUCUAUCUUGGAACGAUCUGACCAUGAUACGAAUUGACCGAAUAUCGCAUAUUCAGUCACUGCUAGAGGUCUAACUAAUGUCACCAGAACCAAGAUAAAAUAAUGUUUCAUUUAAUCAUUCAUUCAUUCCAGCUCCUUUCCUCACCCCAAUGUUCCCACAGUCCACUUUCCUUGCCUCCCCUAACUGCAACACCUGUAGACAGACUAUGUAAUACUACAGGCACAGCUUCCAAAAAAUUCAGAGAAGUGUAUCUGCUAUUCCACCAGUCAGUGGUUUAGCUGUGUUUUCAUUCUAUUUUCCAGUGGGAAAUGCCUUUGGAAGUGACACUAUCAAACCCAUGGAGACCAUUGCUGUUCCAGACAGUUUUUACCCCAUUUUGAAACAGUUUACCAAGGGUAUUAUCAAGAUGGAUCUGCAGAAGUUGGUUCUUCACCCUAUUAGCAACCCCCUGUUGCAGACAUUGUUGUUAGUCCUUCAUAUUAAGGAUCAGUCAUUAUGUAUGAAGCUGUGUAAGGCAGUCAUGUCACAAAUUGAUAUGCUUAAGAACAAAACGGAUACAAGAAAACCAAACACUGAUGACAAUCAUCAAAAUACAAAGGAUAAAAGGUACACUGUAUAUAGUGUGUCAUGCUGCGUACCUUACUAAAGGAGAUUAUCCCCAAAUUCUCAAUACACUCCCGACAUUCUUAACACCUACAUGUAAGAAAGAGGAAUGUUUUUUAUCAGGGUUAAGAUCUAGUAUUGUUCAGUGAAACUGUGAAGAACAUUCAUAGAGUUGUAGCUAGUCGGGAGGCAGGGGGGCAGGUUUCAUUAUGCAGUAUUGUGAAAUGUUUAGUGUACUUAUAAAGUGCUUGGAUGUAUGGUGUGUUUGAAGUUAACAGGACCUCGGAAAUAAAAUUUGUAGAUGAAACCCCAUGGUGUUACCAUUUGAAUGAAACUUAUUCAGCUGUACUUUUACCCAAUACCAUUAUGUUGAUUUUUCUGUUUUUCUCUUCUGUUAGGAAGGGUUCAACCGUAAAUACUCCGCUCUUCUGAAUUUGGGGGGAAAAGUCAAUGAAUUAUUCCAUGAUACAUGUAGUCUCACUUCCAUUUCUUUUAUUUUCAGUGACUACAGAGUUCCUGUUCUCCUUUCCAAUGAGAUCAGCAGUCACAUGAUUGAAAAGAUUCUACAUGUGGUCACACCUGACCUUUGGCAGGAGAUUUAUGAGACGUACUUCAGUCCACACCUGCCUCAGCUGGCGCAGCACCCCAUUGCUAACUUUAUUGUGCAGCAUCUCAUGGCUAGUGCUAGAGAAAAAUUGCAUGUAGGUUGUUGACACUUUCACAAACAUAAAUUAUGAAGCUUGACAAGCCAGUAGGUCAUAACCUUGAUUUUAUGGCAAAUUAGUCAACUGACCCCCUCCCCCCACCCGCUUACUAUCGCGGCACAAGUCAAGAGUUCAUAAUAGGGCAGAGAACGAGUCUAAGGGUGUUGGCUGGGACACUGUAAUUACAAAAAAGGUUUUUUUAGAAACAUAGUGGACCAUGUGGAAACAGUUUCUGUUGAACUGGUUGACUUUCGGAACACUUGCUUUAAUGAUUCAGUGCACCAAAGCAAGGCAGAGUCAAGAAAUGAAGAAAUGUUGGCCUUAAUGGAGGGACGAUGUGGAGGGACUUUGAUCUGGUAAAACUGUCCCAUUUCCACAUAGCUUCUAAAAAUAACUUUUUGAAAUUAGGAUAUCCCAAGGCAUGAUUGUGCAAGUCCUAUUAUGUUUUCAUUGACUUGACAAUGACAGGAACGUGGUUAAUCCCAAAGGCCUCGCAAAGCUAUGCAUCCACUCCAAAUUUUUUAAAACAGAAGACGGUUUGCAGGUAUCAUCGCAUUUUUAAAUAUGAUUAAAGUGCAUAAACUAACAUUGAAGGUUUAAUUCAAGUUCCAAUGCUCAUUGUUCUAGGAGCUACUUUGGGGGGUUUUCUCUGGGUUACCUCAUUUUUCUCCCCUGAACAUACAGCAUCAUUUUCAGAUUCCAAUUCAGUUAGGAAUUUUAUAACCUGUGAAAUAGCCAUCUCUCCUCGCUUCUGGCAAAACAACCCUAGUGGCGAGGAAAGAAGGCUGUUUUUGCAAGCUAGGAAUUUUAGGAUCAGAUGUUUGUCGUUGAAAAACGUGUGUAAUAUGUACUUCCAUUAUAAAAUAUAAUCAAAUUUAAUUUUUUUUAGUUUGCAAUAAUUUUUAUCUUUUCUUCAUUUUAGGCAAAGCAAAUAAUUGUAGAGUUACUCCCUUAUUUAGAAGAUCUCCUUGCUCAGGGGCAUAUGGGUGUUGUGGUGAGAAUGGCAGAGACUGCAGUCCGUUUUUCAGUAAAACAGAAGAAGAUCUUAAAAGCUCUGUUGCAGGCCUUCCACUGUCAAGAAAAAGAUGAGCAAUUGAGUGCUGUUGUUCUGUUAUCAUCAUUAACAACCUACGAUAUUUUCUUUGGAACAAAAGAAAAUGGAAAAGAAGAUGGUGAUGAAAGCAGAAACACUUCAGAGGUAAGCUAGAUAUCAAAGAAUAAAGCACGAUGAUUACCUUUUUAUUGUCUAUCAUCUGAUUUUCCCAACUUGUGAUGUCAGUUUGUUAAACAUGCAGUUUUUCCUCAGUUUGGUGGCUAUUCCAUAUUUUACAGGACUGUCAUAUCACUUGUCAUAUUUCAUAAUUCUUGCUAGAACAUCCAAAUUAGAGGUGAGCGUUUUGGUGGGACAUGACAAGACCAUGGUCAGCAGGGGGAUAGCCAGCAAAGUUUUUCUUUCUUAAACACGCGUUGUAGAAGUCCUCAAAGGGCGGGCGAGGGGGUGGGUGGUUGAGGACAUACUAGGAAGCCAAGUUAAUGGUGACCUAUAAACAAUUACAGUGGCAAAACCAUCUUUCUGAAGUCACAGUGGACACUGACAUGGCGAAGAGAAAAAUGAACACAGUGGCGACUUUUUCAGUUGUAAGGUCUUCAACUAUUUUGAAAUAACGUUUUUGGUAAUAACAUUUGUAGGCAACAAUCACGUCGCUCGUGAGGUCAAUACUGUUUUGUGCUAUAGAGAGAAAAGAUUAAUGAUUGUGUCUUCAUAAAAAUCCUGAAAAGUAUUAACUGAAUAGACAUUAAUUUUAAACACUCUCUUUAAUCACAGCUUAUCUAUGGUUUAUUUUAAGGAAAAGCCGACUGCCAGUAGCAAACUGAAAUCUGUGAAUUACCAUGGAGCCAUGUUAUUGAAAGUCUUGUUUGACUUUCAAAAGCCAUCCAAGUUGGUCAAGAGUUUGCUCUCUCUGAGUCUGGAAGAAGUCUUGAUCCUUGCUAAUGAUCCUAUGGGCUCCCAUGCCGUUGAGGCGUUUCUAAAGAGCAGAUCUGUGCCGUCUGAUGAUAAGAACAUACUCAUUCAAAAGUUACAGGUAACUUCAACUUAUGCCUUUCCCGGCUACCAGAAGGGUAACAGAGGCUUUUUCUCUCGUGCGGCGGGAUGCGUCGUUGUCGGCGGCAGGUGGACACAUCUUCGCACGAAGGCCGAAGUCACGAGUAACUUGCGAUCAGGCGUCUUUUUUUUUCCGAGGAAAGGGGAAAAAAAGAACGCGUCCUUUUCCCCUCGUCUCCCAAACAUAAAGGGAAGAAGAACACCUGAUCACAGGUUAAGUCACGAGCGGCGAAGUCGCGAGAAAAGACCUCGCUUUUCGUGCGGGUCACUAUAAGGACUCAGUGCUAACGACUUCACCGAAACUGGAUAUCGCACGUGGAAAGUCUCUGGCACCCAGGGUAACCUAUGCCUGCUGAUUUUUUGUCAUGUCGAGAAAGAAAAUCUAUGCCAAAUAAUUCAAGCAUCUCCCCUGUCUUUGAAAAAGCAAUCAAGUUCUUUGUCUCUGUGGUCGAGUUUGUGAUGUCUCCUCUUUAGCUUCCUUGUUUAUAUGCAUUUUAACUGAAUUUCGGUCGUUCUGCCCGACAGUGGCAUAGCCAGUUGGCGUUUCGCCCCGACUUCAGUCGAUUAGCCCGAGGACAUACAACACUACAAAACACGGUGAACAUACUUAUCAUAGAUGAUUUUUUUUAUUAAGGUUGGAUUCCACAUGUGCAGUCACUGUAUUUUUACGCUUAUUCGUUUUUUGGCCAAAGAACGACAAAAACAUAUCGGGCAAAUCGACUUAAGUCCGGGCGAAAUGACGUGGGGCGAAUCGACCUUCGGUGAAACAACCUUCUAACUGGUUUACUUGACUAUAUACAUCUACCGUGAUUGCCUUUUUUCAGGGGGUCUUUUCAAAACUUGCCUGCGAGAAACAAGGCAGUCGUGUGGUUGAAACAUGCUGGAGACAGGCAGAAGUGAAAUACAAGGAAGCGAUUACCCGUGAACUAGCUGACAACGAACAUCAGCUGAAAGACAACUUUUACGGCAAAUUUGUGUUAAGAAAUUGCGGCGUUGAGCACUUUACAAGAAAGGAUAAGACUUGGCAUGAAAGGGAGCAGAAAGUUGAAAGGAAAAGAAAACUACUCGAGGAGAUUUUCGAAGAGAGAGACGAACUUCCAGCGUCUACCAAGAGAGCUAAACUCGCAACAGAAAACAAGUGUGCACAACUUGCCCCAGAAAUGGCCGCCUUAGGUUUCCCUGCUGGUGGAAAUCAUGCUCAUGAUUCAGGCGAGGUAAGAUCUUAUUGCGCACCUUUCUUUAUCUCUUAGUAUACUUUACCUUGUACUUUUGAGAUCAUAAAAAGAUGUUUGUGUUUGCCUGGAAUACUCUAAGGGAGCUUAAGCAAUGACGAUGGCGGAGAAAACGUCGCUAUAAAAAAUGAAUUUGCGUCCUCUCAAACUUUCUCGGGGGCGCGUGUAUUUAGACCCGUUCAAUUUGUCAAAUGUAGGCGAUUUUUCCUGGAGUUGAAUUCUUAAGGACUUUAUCCGGUUUAAAAAAAAAAAGGAAAAUUUGUUGUCGUACAUUCGCGUCCUCCAUAAACAUCACAUUAAGAGUUUUCACUUCGUGGUCGUGCAGUGGAGGUAAAAAAAAUGUACUUAAAAGCGUGGUGUACGUGCAGGGCUGUUGUUUUGCACAUAAAACCAAUUCUUUUGUCGUUGUCGUCGUUGUCUCCGUCGUGGUUACCUAAGCUCCGUAUUGUUGAGGUCAAAACAUGCUAUGCAGCAUUGUUCACGACUAGCGGGCCUUGUAAAGUUCUCACUUUAUUUCAUACGUGUGGGAACUAGUUUUUGUUACCAGUCAAUUUUCUCGGAAAUGCAUGCAAAAUGUAAUUCACUUUCUUGUAUCGAUGACCUUGCAAAAUUUCAGUCAAGUUCCGAAGUUGUGUAAGAUACUAUUGAAGUGAAUUACUCUUCCUUCGUUACGACGGGUAACGCGUUAGCAUUCUUUCUCGUUGUAACGCGCAAAAGACUACGAGUGGUUAAUCUAUACGAUUAUUGCUUUUUUCAGUGCGAUGACAGUGAUAGUGUAGACACUGGAGGAGAACCCAAGAAAAAGAAGGAGAAGAAGAAGAGGAAAUUUGGAAGCAAAAAGGGCAAAACUGAGAACUCUGAUCUAAACAGUCUGGAUGAAGAGGACAAUUUUGCCGAGAUGGAAUUCAUUAACAAUGUUAUCAAAGCAACCAAGGCAGUGAAAAAGUCCCAAAACGAAAAGAGAAAGAAAAGACAAAAAUAA